GCCUCGCUCUUUUUGCCUUUUUGGUAGACUCAGUUUCCAGUUCCAAGAAAGAAAUCUCAACAGAAACACUCGCCUCGAUUUUCUCUUUUUAAUUCUCUGGCGGUGGUCUUUCCAUGGACUCCGAGCUUCCCCACAACGACGACCUGUCCGCACUGUUCAACAGCUCAGUCUACAGUCAUGACCACGUUUCUGUCCGUUCCCCGAGAGUCUUCGACCGUUAUUUCGACUCCUCGUCUUCUUCCUCUGGCGACGACGAUGAAUCUCGGCCCUCGGAUUCCGUCCUCGCCAAUAAACGCCUCGAUAACAUGAUCCAAUUCCUCGACCGCAAGCUCUCCACUCCGUCCCAUAAUAAUGAAGAUUCCGGCCAGCGAUUCGCCCUGCCCGAAUUCGUGGCCAAAGGAGGCGGCACGGGGAUUUUCAGCCUCCCACCUCGAGCGGCCGUCCACCCUCACCGACCCCCUAGCCUGGAGCUCAGGCAGCACCCUCUUAGGGAAACCCAAGUUGGUUGCUCAUUGAGGACAAUUGUGGCCUCCAGCACGCAGCUAUGGGCGGGAGCUGAGAACAGGGUGAGGGUAUGGGAGUUUAGAGAUCUAUACCGCGGGAGUGGUACCGAUGAGGGAGAGGAGAGCACGCCACCAUUUAGGGAGUCGGUGACGGGGGUCGCUGCCUCCAUUUGUAUGGUGACCGACGAGGGCAGUAGUGUGGUCUGGACAGGUCAUAGGGACGGCAGAAUCAAGUGUUGGAAAAUGAAUUUGGGUACGAGUUCGGAAAGGUUUGGAGAGUUGUUCUCUUGGCCUGCUCACCGUGGACCAGUUCUCUCUAUUGUCAUUACUGCUUAUGGGGAUCUCUGGUCGGGUUCUGAGGGUGGGUUCAUCAAGAUUUGGCCAUGGGAAGCAAUUGAAAAGGCUCUCUCUUUCACUCAAGAAAAAAGGCAUAUGGUUGUCUUAUCAGUAGAGAGGUCAUACAUUGACUUGAGGAGUCAGGUCACACUAAAUGGCUUCAGCAAUGUAUUGACAUCAGAUGUCAAGUGCUUGUUAUCUGAUAAUUCUAGAGCGAAAGUGUGGAGUGUUUGUUCUUUGUCAUUUGCCCUGUGGGAUGCUCGUACAAGAGAAUUAUUAAAAGUAUUCAAUGUAGAUGGUCAGAUUGAGAAUCGAGGAGACUCUUUCACUGCCACGGAUUUUUCUCUGGAAGAUGAGGUCAAGAUGAAAAUUCUAGCCGGUCCUAAGAAAGAUAGAAUGCAAACCUCUUUUGGUUUCUUUCAACGUUCUCGCAAUGCUAUAAUGGGAGCUGCUGACGCUGUCCGUCGCGUGGCAGCAAAAGGGGGCUUUGUAGAUGAUAACCGGAGAACUGAGGAUUUGGUCAUUACAAUCGAUGGGAUGAUCUGGACUGGUUGUUCCAGUGGCUUACUUGUGCAGUGGGAUGGAAAUGGAAACCGUUUGCAAGAUUUCCAGUAUCAUUCUUUUGCUGUUCAAUGCUUGUGUGCAUUUGGGACUCGAAUUUGGGUUGGUUAUGUUAGUGGUACUGUUCAGUUAUUGGAUCUUGAUGGUAACCUGCUUGGUGGAUGGGUAGCUCAUAGCAGUCCUGUUAUAAAAAUGGUCAUUGGGGCUGAUUAUAUCUUCACGUUGGCUAAUCAUGGUGGUAUACGUGGAUGGAAUUUUACAUCUCCAGGUCCUCUUGACAGCAUAUUACGUUCAGAAUUAACUAGCAAAGAAUUUCUUUACACAAGGAUAGAAAAUUUGAAAAUCUUGGCCGGUACAUGGAAUGUUGCACAAGGAAGAGCUUCUCCGGACUCACUUAUAUCUUGGCUAGGUUCUGCAGCUUCAGAGGUUGGCAUUGUUGUUGUUGGCUUGCAAGAAGUAGAAAUGGGUGCUGGUUUCCUUGCAAUGUCUGCUGCAAAAGAAACUGUAGGCCUCGAGGGGAGUUCUGUUGGACAGUGGUGGCUGGAUAUAAUAGGCAAAACAUUAGAUGAGGGGUCUACAUUCGAUCGCAUUGGUUCUAGGCAGCUAGCAGGCCUACUCAUAGCUUUAUGGGUGAGAAAUAAUCUUAAAUCACAUGUUGGUGAUGUUGAUGCUGCAGCCGUGCCUUGUGGAUUUGGGCGUGCAAUUGGGAAUAAGGGAGCUGUUGGUUUGAGGGUUCGGGUGUAUGACCGGAUAAUGUGUUUCGUUAAUUGUCACUUUGCGGCACAUUUAGAAGCAGUUAACCGCCGCAAUGCUGACUUUGACCAUGUAUAUCGGAAUAUGGCCUUUGGUCGAUCAUCUAACCUCUUCAGUGCUGCAGCUGGUUCAUCAUCUGCAGUUCAAAUGCUCCGGGGUACAAAUGCCAUAGGUGCCCAAGCUACGGAAGCAAUGCCUGAGUUAUCUGAGGCUGAUAUGGUUGUAUUGCUUGGUGAUUUUAAUUAUCGACUUGAUGGUAUAUCUUAUGAUGAAGCAAGGGAUUUUGUUUCGCAAAGAUGCUUUGAUUGGCUUAGAGAAAAGGAUCAGCUUCGAGUGGAGAUGGAAGCUGGGAACGUAUUUCAAGGAAUGCGUGAAGCAGUUAUCAAAUUUCCUCCCACGUACAAAUUUGAAAAGCACCAACCUGGUUUAGCAGGGUACGAUUCUGGUGAAAAGAAGCGCAUUCCUGCCUGGUGUGACAGAAUUUUAUACCGUGACAGCCAAUCAGCUUUGGCAUCUGACUGCAGUUUAGAAUGUCCUGUUGUUUCUUCAGUAUCACAGUAUGAGGCUUGCAUGGAUGUAACGGACAGUGAUCACAAGCCAGUUCGCUGCAUAUUCAGUGUUUAUAUUGCUCGAGUUGAUGAGUCCAUAAGGAGGCAAGAGUUUGGAGAGAUUAUGAAAACAAAUGAAGAAAUUAAAAGCAUUCUUGAAAAACUUUGCAAGAUUCCAGAAACUAUUGUCAGCACAAAUAACAUACUUCUUCAUAAUCAGGACACAUCCAUUUUGCGUAUUACAAACAAAAGUGGGAAAGACAAUGCUCUGUUUGAAAUUAUAUGUGAAGGUCAAUCUACCAUAAAGGAGGAUGGACAAGCAUCUGAUCAUUCUCCAAGGGGCUCCUUUGGAUUUCCACGUUGGCUUGAGGUCACUCCUGCAGCUGGCAUAAUCAAGGCAGAUCAUAUUGCAGAAGUGUCGGUUCAUCUCGAGGAUUAUAAUACCUUGGAAGAGUUUGUUGAUGGCGUACCCCAAAACUCGUGGUGUGAAGACACUAGAGACAAAGAAGUUAUAUUGGCGAUUAGGGUGCAUGGUAGUUUCACAAUUGAGACAAGAAAUCAUCGGGUUCGAGUCCGCCGCUGCUUUUCUGUCAGGACGAGAAAGGUUGAUAGUGCACUUAAUGAGUCUGGACAGAACCAGGCAAAUGUCCUUCAUCGAUCUGAUUACCAAAGGCUUAGUGGUUCUUAUGAUGUGGUGGACCAUCUACGGAACUUGCAUAGCCCUUAAAGCGGCAAGGCCUAUUUAUGUAGAUCUAAAGUAAUUGCUUGUGUAAGGGGUUCAUUUCUGCAAUAGCCCAAGUGUUUGAGCUGCGUCACUAGAUUGAGGUGUCUCAUUGGACUUUCUUUGACUUGGUUCUGGUGCCAAUAUUUUGAAGGGUUUCUUUUGUUGCCAAAUUGACUGAGUUCAACUUGUAUUUUUAUUGUCAGUUGUAAACUGUACAGAAAAAAGACGGAAUACAUCUCAAGCAGCAGAGAAAAGUGUGAUUGAUUAGCCUUGGCUGGAUUAUUUUCUGGAAAAAAUGUGGGUAGGCAAUUAAUCCGCAUUGGGGGGAUCCUGGGUCCAAGCCCGAUUUUGAGCAUUGGGCUUUGGGCCUUUGGGCUCGAGCCUUGGGCUUUGAUUUUUUAUUUUUAUUUUCUUGAAUAUACAAUUAAAUAAUUGUAUUAAAAAUUUUGUGCAAUUGAAUAAUAUUUGAUAGAGAGUGCAA